AUGGUGCGCACCAGGAGAUCAUCACAUGCCGCCCCGCUGCGAGUGGCCUUCUGCCACCCCGACUUGGGCCUGGGAGGGGCGGAGCGGCUGAUCGUGGACGCGGCGGUGGAGCUGGCGGGGCACGGGCACACGGUGGAUGUCUACACCGCCUUCCACGACCCGCGCCGCUGCUUCGAGGAGACGGUGUCGGGCCCCUUCUCGGUCACCGUGGCGGGCGGCUGGUUCCCGCGCCACGUGGCGGGCCGAGGCCACGCGCUGUGCGCCUACAUCCGCUGCACGCUGGUGGCGCUGCACAUCGCGUGGCUGAGCUGGCGGCGCGGUACGCAGUACGAUGUGGUCUUCGUUGACCAGGUGUCGGCGGUCAACUGGGUGCUGCGGUGGCUGACCGCGGCCCGCAUCCUCUUCUACUGCCACUUCCCUGACCUGCUGCUGGCGGCGCGCCGCUCGGCCCUGCACGCCGCCUACCGCGCGCCGCUAGACUGGGUGGAGCAGGCCACCACGGGCGCGGCGCACCUCAUCCUCGUCAACAGCGCCUUCACGCAGGGCGUGUUUGCGCAGACGUUCCGCCGGCUGCAUGCCCGUGGCAUCCGGCCUGGCAUUCUGUACCCGGCUGUCAGCAUCCCCGCUGCAGAGGAGCUGCAGGAGGCAAAGGCCAGCUGGCGGGAGGGGCUGCCGCCAGAGCUGGCGCUGUUUGUGGGCGGCGGCCCCACCUUUUUGUCCAUCAACCGCUUUGAGCGCAAAAAGGGCAUCGGGCUGGCGAUCGAGGCGCUGCGCGAGCUGCGGCAGCGGGGCCCGCGGCACGCCGCCUGCCGCCUGGUGCUGGCCGGUGGCUACGACCCUCGGCUGGCCGAGAAUGUGGAGCACCUGCGGGAGCUGGAGGAGCUGGCGGAGCGGCUGGGGGUGCGCCGCCAGGUGCACUUCCUGCCCUCCUUCUCAGACCGCCAGCGCGCCUGGCUGCUGGCGGCCUGCGUGGCGGUGCUCUAUACGCCCCAGCGCGAGCACUUUGGCAUCGUGCCGCUGGAGGCGAUGGCGGCGGGGCACCCCGUGGUGGCCUGCGACAGCGGCGGCCCCAAGGAGAGCGUGCUGAGCGGGCGCACCGGCUUCCUGUGCGAGCCGCAGCCGGGGCCCUGGGCCGAUGCCAUGGAGGCGCUGAUGGCAGGCGGCGCGGCGGAGCGGCUGGGAGCCGCGGCGCGGCAGCACGUGCAGAGCAAGUUCUCGCGGGCCGCAUUUGGGCAGGAGCUGAACCGCUGCGUGGUGGAGCUGGCCGCGGCGCCCCGGCAGCGGCGGCAGCAAUGAGGGGAAGAAAACACCUUGCGCCAUUGAUGCUGCCCCGCGACAUCGAAUUGCAAUCCCAGACUGUUAUUAGUUACUGCAAA